CCUGUGUUGUGCCUUACAUUGUUUGCCUCUCUCUUUGUCUGUUUCAGUUAGAAGUACCCGUGACCUCUCACUUUCUGUCAUACUGAAUUCUCAAAUUCAACAUCCACUUUUUACCUAAUUCAAGCACUAUCUUGUAUAUAAACAGACCAUGCUACAACCCAAGGUUCUCCAUCAAAAAUUCAAAACCACAUUCCUUCUUCACGAACUCUCGUCCUCCUGAUUUCUCAUACAAUGUUGUCAAAACAAUCCCAAUAUCUGUGUUACAUUUUGGUUUUUCUUCUUCUUCUGAAUUCAGACCAAGCACUCUGCCACACCAAAGGUCUUAGAAUUAGAAACCAUGCAGGGAAGCAACCACCUGCAAAUUUGACAAGAACCCAAUUCUCAGAACAGCAAUUCAUGAAGUGGGUCAAUUUUGUUGGGAGAUUAAAACACUCACUGUUCAGGACUGCCAAGAACAAGCUAUUCCCCUCUUAUACUCUGAAUGUGGCCAAAAAUUCGAUGGCUGCAGACUUUACAUCGAUUCAAGAUGCCAUUGAUUCUCUCCCUUUCAUUAAUCUUGUGAGAGUAGUCAUCAAAGUUCAUGCAGGAGUCUACACAGAGAAGGUGAAUAUACCCUCAUUUAAAUCAUUCAUAACCAUAGAAGGAGCAGGAGCGGAGAAAACAAUUGUUGAAUGGGGAGACACAGCAAAAACACCUGGUCCAAGAGGGCAACCAAUGGGGACCUACAAUUCUGCAACAUUCGCCGUUAAUGCUCCUUAUUUUAUAGCCAAGAACAUCACAUUCAAGAACACAACACCAGUUCCAGCACCAGGAGCAGUAGGAAAACAAGCAGUAGCAUUUAGAAUAUCAGCUGAUACAGCAACAUUUUUGGGUUGUAGCUUCUUGGGAGCGCAGGAUACACUUUAUGAUCAUCUUGGAAGACAUUACUACAAAGAUUGUUACAUCGAAGGUUCCGUGGACUUCAUCUUUGGGAAUGGCCUCUCCCUCUUUGAGGGAUGUCACUUGCACGCAAUAGUGCGAGUAACGGGGGCAGUAACAGCGCAAGGGAGGAGCAGUCUAUUAGAAGACACCGGGUUCUCAUUUGUCAAGUGUAAGGUGACGGGGUCAGGAGCUCUGUACCUUGGAAGGGCAUGGGGGGCUUUCUCUCGGGUGGUGUUUGCUUACACAUACAUGGACAACAUUAUCAUCCCCAAAGGCUGGCACAACUGGGGUGACCCCACCAGAGAAAUGACUGUGUUUUAUGGGCAAUACAAGUGCAGUGGACCAGGAGCUAUGUACGCAGGGAGAGUGUCUUGGGCUCGAGAGCUUACUGAUGAAGAAGCUAAGCCUUUUAUUUCUCUUAGCUUCAUUGAUGGCUUUGAGUGGAUUCGAUUGUAAAUUACUCUACAACAAUUCCUAUAUAAUAAAAUCUUCCUCUUU